AAUUGUUUUUAAAGUAUUUCACAAUUCUGCAGCUAAAUAUUCUAAUAGAAAUAGUUUUAUUUGCUUGUUUUUCUCCCCCAAGAGAAAUUUUUAAAAGAUAGAACUUUCAUGCUACAUUAUAUUAACUUAUUUGGUUUCAUAAGCAUUACAGUAACCUUUCUUCCAUUUCAUAGGAAUGUCAUUUAUUUAAAGUGAGGAACCAGCAGUGCAGAUUUUAUUGUUGGUUCUCAUAUUAACUUAGAACUCUUUGCUUCUCUCAUCUGUGAUUAAGUAGUUGCUUUAGUUGACAUGUACUAUUUUGGUGUCCUUUCCAGGGAACAGUGUUCAGUUUUCUUUCCUGUUAUAGGUGAUCUGAACUUUCAUUCUGGUUUUCUCCUUUAUGACAUUGAAUGUAAGAAAGAGUUGCUAUGGAAAACUGUGUUGUUUCUGUGAAAGUUUUUGCACUAUAGGUUUUAUAGCAAGGAGAUUUUACUAUUAUCCUUUCAGUAGCCAUCGUCGUUGCUGGAUAUACUGAGUAAAUGAAAGUUUCAAAUGAAAAUGUGGAAUACACAGACUUCUAAGCUGUCAAGACUAGAAGUCAUGUAUAACACGCUUAGGUGAGACUUCAGUCCGUAGUCACCUUCAGAUUAUUUUUAUCUGUUUGACAUUCCGGAAGACAAGACUGCAUGAGUUUACAUUUAGUCUGCUGGGUUUCCUGAACAGUCUUGUCUGUUCUAUUGUCUGUUGAGAAUUUAGAUGUUGCUCCCAAAUCCUAAAAGCUACGUUAGUAUCUGUCGAGUAUAAAGUAUCUGUCAAAGCUGUAGUCUGUGUAGUCACUAUCUAAUAAAAAAAUCGGGGAACACUUAUGUGGAACUUAGAGGCUUCAUAGCUUUUUAUAUGCGCAGAAAUUUUCCUUUUUUUUUGUUUACAUGGAUAGUCAGGAUAACUGUCUAGCUAAAGGUGAACCAAGCAGCUGCUUUGAGAGGUUUUUUCCCCCAGUAAAUGUAACAGCAUUGUGUUGUUUAUAAGUAUAUUUGAAAUCUUUUUAAGGAGGUGUUAGCUAAAAUUUAACGUACUGAACUACAUCUGUCCUCCUGUGAAGUUUCUGUUAAAGAGAGGAAGGAAAAAUAUAAAUUCCUUUAGAUAACCAUGUUAUUUUGAACUAUGUUCAGCUGCUCCAGAUUUCCUGCUGUAAAAGCCAAUUAUUUCUGGCAGUCCUUAACUUAAUAAAAUCUUCUGCAAAUGACAGCUUUAUUUUUCAGUUACCCAUAUCAUUUAAGAAAGCUACUUCUCAAAUAAAAAGUCUCUCUUUAGUGGAUGUAUUUAUGUAAAGGGCAUGAAAAUUUCACUUAUACAAUUGAUAGACUGCCAGACUUAGCUUCAGACAUUGUGUGUGAAAUGGAUUCUGUCAACUGAUUGUUUCUUUUACAAGAACAAUGUGAGUCACCCUGUUUUUGCUGUAUCUCAGGGAUUAUACUACACAUACUUGUUGUGUCCUGUAUCUGCAGGCUUCUUGUGCAAGUUCAUUUGCACAGUUGAAGCAAAAAAAUGUUUUAAAUGGAAUAUGGUAUUUAAACGAAAUGUUUGGAUUACUGUCUUUUCAAGAAAAGCUGUAGUAAUUUUUCCUGUUGGAAUGCCUCACUAACCAGUUUCCUGAUUAGAUUUUACUUUGGAUAUCCAAGGUAAGUUCAGGAUUUCUCAACUGCAGAGGCAGAACAGAAUUGUGUCCUCUGUGGAUGGCUGAUGGGCUGUCUUGGGAAGGCCAAGGUGAGAGUGAGAUUCUUCCCACAGCUUGCUGCUCUGUGGUGGUCAGGAUUAGUACCAAAUUGGUACCAAGCUCAGAUUUUCAAGGUUCUGCUAAAAGGAAGACAGGCAUCUGUGCUGUGUCUAACACUUUCUGAGAAUUUUUUUCCUUUUGCCAGUUGCUUUCUCUAGUCUAUAGCUGAAGCACUGGUUUAUUUUAGAGAGGAAAGAGGUAGUAGACAAAAACAGUGGGGGAAAAAUGAAGGUAACGUGUUCUCCUUCUUCCCUCAGAGUUGUUUCAUGGAUAAAAUGUUGGGGAAAGUUUUAAACAGUGACCGUUUUUAUUCUCUGUGCAAACUCUCUAUAGUAUUGCUUCAUAAAUUUUGUUUCUCUAUUACAAGUAUGUGGAACUCUGAACUUCCUUUGUUUUAGGGGAAGGUAAAAGGUAGGUUCUAUCAUUAUUAAUUUAAAAUCAGUUUGACACAAAUAAUUUUCUGUUUCAAGUACAGCACCUCUGACAGUGUCAUGAGUGAAGGAUUUUAAAACAGAUAAGACAGGAUUCACUGCAGAGCAGCUGUUAACAGUGGCUCUUGGGCUGACUAGUUUGACUAAGCAGGUUAUGAAGUGACAAAUUGUUAACCACACUAAUUUUCUAAUCUAGGCAGUACCAUCCAGAGAUAAAUGUAAUGGCAUGCUUUUGGUAUCAACAGUAGUGCUGCAUUUUAAUCAUGUAUGCAUGUCCUUCGAUCUAGCAUCCUGUUUAUCUUCCCACAGCUGCACAUUGUGUUACUGGUUAGAAAUUCAUAUUAAAAAAAGAACAAUAACUGCUACUUUCCUGAUUAGUGUGUUGCAGCACCUUUUCACGGAACAGUAAUUUCCUGGUAUUACUUAGGGGUUUGCCCAAAUUAAAUGCUAUAUAAUUGUCUGCUUUUGCUAUCCAAGUGCGGCCAGUUAAUGUUAGCAUGUUUUUUGGUGCUUGACAGAUACAUGCAUUGGCAAUACUUUCUGUAUUUUGUAUUCUUACUGCCUGUUUGUCACUCAUCCAUCCAUGUGCAUUUUCAUUAAUUUAUUAAAAAUUUUACUAUUUCAUAAAAUAGGUUGAAAACUUCUGUCUUUAAACUGUUGUAUAUAACAAUGGGGACCAGUAACAUUCAGGCAGUAAGGAUGCACUUGUGGAGUGACUAUCUCCAUGUUAAGUACAUGAGGAAAGUGUGGAUAGACACACAGUAGCUCUAACAGGAACGCUUUUUGAAAAACACACAAGGACUUGAAGUUUUUUGGUGGAAAAUUGUAUUUAAGCUGGAGUGUGAGACUUGAAGUGUGGCAGCAACCUGGAUAAGUAAAUUCACACAUCAUGAUGUUCCUGCUAUUGUAUUCGGUCAUAUUUGUGCUUGUCUGCAACCUUAAUGGCUUGUUUGGGAACAUACAACUGCAAGAGUACUCUUCAGGGCUGAAUUGAGUUUUAUUAGAUGUGCCCUUGGUCCCUAAAUUGGUGCCUAGUGAAUAUGGUCACUAGCAGCGUUCUACCUAUCUGUUGUGGAAAAUGUAUGGGCCUCCACCACUAUCUAGGGUUCUGUAUUUUGAGCUCUUCAGUAUCCUUUGUAGUUCCUGAUGCCUAAGUGGUUAAAACAGUACUAUGACCCCUUCUCUUACCCAUAUCUAUCUAUUUAUCUAUCUAUCUGGAAAUAGUUAGCUUGCUUACUGCAGUAUAAUGUCAGUAUUGCAGUGUUUUGGAAUGUCCUUCUUUGGGGAUAUUGAAAGCUUUAAUGAUUUAUUUAGCAAGUAGAUAUCUUUUUUAUUCCUACAGUUGUGUGUAUUUUAGUGGAACACAACACUGAAAGAUGCUAAAGGGUGAUAGGAACAUUUAUUCUCUAAUAAGAAAAUGGAAACAGAUUUUGGAAGGAUUAUAGUGUCAAUGAUCAGCCUUGUUUGGGGUGGUGCCUGACUGUACCCACAGGUAGCUUUCGACACCGUGUUAAAAGCUAAGCACUCCCCUUCUUCAGAUGAGUGUUAUUUCCACUGUCUGUCACUCUUGAAUGGGAGAUUGUCAUGUUUACUUUUACUCAGUCAGUGCUUUCCAAAACAGGCCACAAAUUGUGUUUCUUGAGGGUAGGCCCAUUUUUGGUGGAACUACCUGUGUAGAGUGGUACCAUUCUGAAGUAGAGGAGACUUUACUGAGCUUAAAAUAUGAAUUAUUUUAAUUUAUCUUUCUUCAUUUUAGUUUCUGGUACAUGAGUAGUUUUCAUUUUAUCCCUUUGAGUUAAGUAUAUUUGUGUAUUGUGGGGAAGGGGUUAAGAGGUUCCCCAGGUUUCUAGUCAUUAUGUAAAUGAAUGUCUGCUUUUUCUCAUUGUGUAUCAAGUCUGAUAUGUCAGUCAGCAUGAGUUCUGCCAGUUAGAUAAGUGGCAUUUUGUGAGUGUAAGCACUUACAGUAUGCAAUUAUAAUUCUUCAUUAGAUUAAUAUAGAGUUUUGCCUCUGUCAUUUGUUAAAAUUACUCAGUUAGAAAUUUUAAUUUUCCUCUAAAAAGUUGUCUAUAUGUAAUGUUAGUUAAAUGGCAAGAAAGUGCCUAAUAAAAUGUCAUGUUCUCCUCAGGAUAGUUGUCCUCAUUUAUAAAGUUAGAAUUUCUUACAUAAUUACUUGUAUAUCCUCCUUUCUUUAUAGGGAUGAUACUCUGAAGCUAUUUUAUCUUCCCCUCUGUUUUUUAAAUCCCUCUAGUUAAAGGACUACCUCUAAUAGACUAUUAGCAUUUUAAGGAGCUCUUGAAAUUAUGAUUUUGAUGUUGUCAUCAGUGUUUGGCCAUGGAUUUAUUUAGCUUGCCUGACAGGUAAUGGUGCAAUUUUAAUGAUAAGAGUGAAAAAUGUGGCUUUGGUCUUAGUCUGACUAUCAGAGUCUGCAUAAUUCAGAAGGUUACACAGAGCACUGCCAACUUCUUUAAUUGCACGUCACAUUAUGGCAUUGGCAAAAGGAUGCACUCAUUAAACUUUCCUUGUUCACAGUCUUCAUCAAUUCUUCUCCUACCUUUGAUAGCUAGUGUGGACUGGUCAGAAGCAUAUAAUCUUUUCCCCUAACACCCUUAAGCCUUGAUUUCAAGGAAAAAUGUACCAAGCGAGAGUAAGAAAUUAUGUCAGCAAGAAAUAAUUGCACCUAAACUGCUGGAAAAAAAUAAACUACAGUCAUAAGGGUUUGGUUGCUGCUGAUAGCUUGGUUUUGUUUAUGGUCUAUAUAAAAUAUUUCAGAAGUCUUUCCUAAAACUACUUUAAUUACCAUUUACCCUAAAAUUUAAGAUUUUAAUUAUAUAAAAGCAAAAGGUAAUGGACUAACUAGCUUCCUUUAAACCCUGCCAAGUAUGGUUUACAUGUUUGCAAAUUAGAUACUAGACAAGUAGUGACUGAAGUGUAGCAUAUUACUAAAAAUGUGUAAAUAUUCCAAGAUUGUUUUGGGUUUGGGGAUUUUUUUUUUACUUUUGUUACAUAGAUUUACAGCUGUUUUUGCACCUGUGUUUGUUUGAGCUGUUUUGGUAUGUCUGCUUAUCUCUCUGUGCUAUACUCUGUGAAAUUUGAGACUGACAGAGAGUAGCUGAGAUUUUUCAGUGACUUUCUUUAACAGUACCAGACUAUUAUGAUAAGAUACCGUAAGUGAUAAAGCCACAACCCAUGUCAAUACAAGACUUUCUCCAAAUAAGUACUGUCUUGAAAAAUGUUUCAUAUUCAAACAAUUUAAUAAGAAAGUGGAGUGUUUAAAACAAAACAUCAGGUUUUGAUAUCAAAAAAAUGACCAAAUAUAAAGAAAGCUUGUAUUUUUAAGAAAUAGCUUUUGUAUUUGGUGUGUGGGUAUUCUCUGGAGUAGUUGUUAGGAACUGUUCAAGUUUUCUCUGUUGAAUAUUUGGAGCUAUCAGUUGUUAAUGCCAAGUGUAUGCCCAUCCUGUCUCCUAAAUUAGCAGGCAGAAUAUGGUUUUGGAAUUGAGUUUAGUUUUGAUUAAAUUUCUAGAAGUUGAAAUUUGAGAAAUUAAUUUGAGUUCUUUGGACCUUUUGGUUUGAAUUGCAUUCAUAUUGAGUACAUGAAUGCUUUUAUAGUUUGAACAGAAUUGCUAAAUAUAGCAGUGAAAAGUAAAGGCUAAAGCUGUAGUGUUAUUAUCAGUAUAUCACAUUUGCAUGUUACAUUCAUGGCCAACCUUUUUUAUAUUACUGUUUUGUUUGCAAACUUUUAGUGCUUGCUCCAUAGAAGACUUAGAUUUCUGAAUAAAGAGAAUAAACUAAUUGCUCAAAGUGAGCUUUUAGUUUCAUGAGAGCUUUCUGUCAUAUUAUUUUACUGGAAUCUAAGGUCAAAUUAGGUUAAUGGAAUGGAAAAUUAUUUUCAUAUCCUCCAUGGGAAAAAUAAUUUUGUUGUUUUCACGCUGUUCAAGAGAAGUUUUCAGUAAAUGGAGCAUCUAGUCAGGAUUAUUACUGAAGCGGAAACAUUAAAUACUAGAAGAAAUCUGCAAUAUUUGAGACAAUGAGAAAUGUUUUGGUAAACUAAAUAAUAAGAAAAACAGAAAAGUGUUUGGGGAUCUGGUAAGUUAAUAAGGUGUCACGAGUUGACCUGCCUACUGGAUGUUAAUUAAAUGUUGAUGCCUGUGCUACCUAAGCAGUAGCUUAGUUUCUGAAUUGCUUUGAUUUGGGGUCAUAUCUACAGAUGAUGUGGGCAGAUGGAAGUAGGGAUUUGAAAAAAUAAAGUUGUACAGUAGCCUACUUGUGGAGAAUAAAAAUAGAAGGAAGGAAGCCCUGCAAGAGCAGAUGGUUGGUAAAUACAUAAUUGGAGGGCAAUGAAUAGUUUCUCUUAUAAGCUUAAACAAAUAAUUACAGUGCUAAAAAUUGUUUGUCCUCAUUUGUGGGCUUUAACAGAAUUUUGUCGUAAUUAUGAGAAUGAAAUCCCUUCUCAGAAAUUGACUGUAGAGUUGUUUUUGAACUUAUUGCAUAUUUUCUGCUGUAUGUAAGUGGGAUUUGGACUAGUUUGUGCCACCUAAUAUUCAUUAUAUUUGCUUUAAUGUAACAUGGGUGAAGUGCUUGUAUGUUCUUUCAAUUACUGUGACCUGUCAUUUUAUGCACAAUUUGACAAAUUGCUGUUACUCAGGCUUCAUGCUUAUAUUUACAAGGAGUCAUAGUUGAACUAGAUUUUAAUUUAAAAAGCCCAUAGCAUUAGUAACUUCAUCAAUAUUAGUAUAUUAAGAUAGAAUUCACUUGUGGGUUCAAAAAUAAUUUUCUCUCUUACCAUGUGAAACUGUAUUCAAGUACAAACCUAGUAGUUUUCUCUCUGAAGAAGAAAAUUUGCAGUGAAUUAAAUAUGAGAGCAGCCUAAGCUUGUUAGUGUUUCCUGGGGUUUUAUGUACAGUUUUCAAAAAGUAAUGGAUUUUAUUGUUUAAGUAUAAGCCACUUUGUCAAAUGCUGAUCCAAGUUACACAUGUAUCCCACCCAGCCUUUUUGUGGUUUCCCUCAGAAUGUAUCAUUUAUGUGGUUAUUCUUAACAGAUACUGCUUUCAGAUCCUUUAACAAUAUGCAGUAUUAAUGAAAUAAUAACUCUAAAAUAUAUUGCAAUCAGAUCUGCAGGCCUUCAGGUGCAGUGUUGACAAAGUGUAAAGCAGGACUUCUCUAGAAUUCCUAGUGCAGAAUGGAAGGAGCCAUGAUCUGGAUUAAGAUUUUUUUUUCCCUGUUUUGGGCAUUGGAUUCAAUCAUCAGAAGAGUCCUCAGUGUUGUCAGAACCACAGUGGAGCUAGGGUUAAAGCUAAGCAAAAAUUUUGAGAAUAUUCAUAAGAUACUUUCAGUGCAAGACCACAGAGACAUUUAGCCAAUUAGUUACUGGUCAUCAGCUUUCUUUUAUCUGGUCACUGCUCUACUGGUUCCUCUAAAUUUUCGUGCUAUCUGAUAUACCGUAGAGCUUCAUUAAUUGCUUUAGUUUUUCAAGAUGUGUUCCUUCUGACAUUUUCCAAAAAGAGAGCUGUAUGAACAUUUGCCUUUUAAAACUUUUUUUUUGUUUAAUUUGUCUUUCUUCUUGUAGCUAUAAAGGGUUGUUCCAUACAGCACACCUUGGAAGAAUAAUUUUUUUUGUUUGAUUUUUUUUUUUUUUUUACAAAUAUAGGUUUCAAUAUAAAGGGACUAUAGGCAGUGAAGUCUAGGUAGAAGAUAAUUUCCUGUUUGAAGUCAGUUUCCAGCAUGUCUCUGAUUUUCCCCUUACCUGACUCUAUUGACAGUCUUUUUCCGUUUCUCUUACUGUUCUGUCCCCCAGGAUGCUUCACCAUAGUUCCUGUGGACUGUAUGGUGUUUUCCCUUUAAGUAAAUGGCAUGACAUUUUAUUUUACUUUUCUCAAUGUCAACAAUUAUGUUAAAUACUGUGAAAAAAUAUAAAUGUGAAAAUGAAUAUUCAAAUCUGAAGAAGAAUUAGUUUUCCUAUUGAUCUGUUGGUCUCAGAAAAAAAGAAACAAAUGCACUUCCUAUUCUGGGUUGUAACUGAUUUACAGGCUUUGUCUAAAAUGGCCCAUGGACCAAUUUUACUUACUUAUUUCUUAUUUUAGACUAGGUAUUUGGAAGAAAGCUUCUUCAAAAGCAUGUCCUUGUAUAUUCUGCUUCCCUUUCUCAUGUGUGUCCUGCAUUUCAGAUUGGAUUAUAUAGACAAAGACAUCUGGGUUACGUUUCACCCCUUAUGUGAACUCACACUUCGUGUGUGAGAUCAUGGUAGCUGAAGGAACUUGAUUCUCCUGCCGUUGCACCUCUUUUUUGGCUAUGGCUACUGAGGGCCUUUGUCAUCUUUCUUUUGCUGAGCAGAAGGUCUUGUUGAAGUAAAAUCAUGGAGUUUUAGUUAUGUUGCUAUUUGUGGGCUUAAUCUCUCCUUUCCCCCUUUGAUGUGACUGAGCUUUGCAAGUAUUUCUUGCCUGUGAUGGAUAAACUGAGGGUGUAAUCUCUGGUCCUUAAGCUGGGGGAUAUUUAUAGCUCAUGUAGUCUUUUUCUGCACAGGGGACACUGCAGGAAACGAAAGCUGUGCAUGAAAGGUGUGGCUCUCAGAGCCGGAAACCAUCUCAUAGUCCUCUGUGGAUAAAUUUGGUUUUAAAAGAGUGGCCUAAAGUGAGACUUAACAAAGCCAGGUCGGAAAUUCAAGUACAUAGCAGCUUAGUGCCACAUCAUGUGGGUCUCAUGUCCUUAGAUUUCAUAGGUUUCUCUGGGGUUGCUGGCAGGUUGUGCCUUGUCACAGGGCCGGAGACACUGGGCUCUUCCCUCCACAGUGUGUUUCUUUUCCCUCUCGUCCAGACCGCUGGAAUGUGUGCAUGUGGCAGCAGUUUGGCUCUGUAGACAGUGAACGGUGUAAGUGUUGCUACCAAUUUAACAAAGCAUUUCAGGUUAUGGCUGAGAGAUAAGGGAGUUACAGGUAAUGCAAUAGUGCUGUUACAAAUAGUUGUGCUUUAUUCUGAAAGUUAGACCUCAGAUAAUACUCUUUUAAGCUCUCCUAGUUAAAUCAGUGGAUUAAAAAAAAAAAAAAAAGGCAAAACAGAAAAAGAACAAAAAAAUCUCAAACAACAAAACUAAGCAGUUACAGACUAAGAUAGUUCUUGGUUUUCUAGAAACAAAUCAUUGAGAUUUCCUUUUUAACAAUACUUCUGAAGCACAGAUAAAAUGGCUUCCUGUCCCAGGGUUUCCUGUAUCCAUGGCAACCUGACUUCAGGCACUUCUUUCUUAGUUUCCUGAGCAAACUGUUGCAAACCCUGGGGCAAAAACCAUAGUGCUGUAGUAAACAGCAGUACUGCCUUUGCAAAGGUUUCACAGAUGAAUGUAGUUGGCCAGCUUAUAACAUAGCCUAGUGGACUGCAAACAGCAAAAUAACAGAAAUAAUGAACUUCAGAUUUGGGUGAAGUCAGAGAGGAGUAAGAAGGCCAAAGACAGGGAUAUGUGUGUUCUGCAAAGUUCUUCACCCUGCCCAGGAGCAUUCCUGUAUAUAUUUAAUUGUUUUCUUUUGUUGCUGCUCCAGAAGGAGGCUUUUGGCUGUCCAUCUGCUUGUCAGCUCUGCACAGGGAGACAAGUUAGCUGUCGUAAUGCAGGGCUUUCGAGCAUCCCUUGGAACCUUCCUAAAACAACAAUUCUUGUUUACCUCAGUGGGAAUAAUAUAUCACAUGUCUCUCCAAAUGAUCUAAGAGGCUUUCUGAAGCUUGCUGCACUCUACAUGGAUAAUGCCAGUAUUUUGUAUGUGCACCCAAAAGCUUUUUUGGAACUUCCCAAACUGUGCUACUUGCAUCUAAAUAGCAAUCAUAUUAAACGCCUGGAUCCAGGAAUCUUUGAAGGCCUUUCCAAUCUUCAUUAUUUAUACCUUCAGAAUAAUCAAAUAGCUUUUCUUCCCAGAGGAUUAUUUAGUGAUCUUCUUUCUGUUAGAUAUUUAACACUUCAAAGAAAUCGUCUCAGUGUCCUUGGAAGUGGGACUUUCUGGGGAAUGAUAAGUCUCCAAACACUAAACUUAGCAAAUAAUAAGAUUUCACGGAUAUCAGAUGCAGCAUUUCAUCAUCUUGAAAAUCUUGCAUAUUUGUUUCUUGAAGGUAACAACUUACCACUAGUGCCAUCAAAUGCUAUUGGAAGGCUCAAAAAUCUUGAAAGACUGUCUUUGUCUCACAAUCCCAUUGGAUCAAUUCAGCCUUUUGCAUUUAAGGGACUUAAUAAGCUUAAAUAUCUGUCUUUGAAAAAUGUCAAGCUAAAAUGUGUUGUUGUAAAUGGAUUUUUUGGAUUAAACAACCUUAGCCAGCUAAUCUUAAGUUAUAAUGAUUUAGAAAAUAUAAAUUCCAGCACUUUUACCUCAUUGAACAAUUUAAUGUACCUACAGCUAGACAGAAAUAAAAUAACCAGUAUUGGCAAUGGUACCUUUGAAAAAAUGGGGCAGUCACUCAAAGUACUCAAUUUAGCUUUUAAUAAUAUCACAGAGCUACAACCUGAAGUGCUCAAGCCCUUAGUAUCUUUAACUCAUCUGCAGGUACAUUCUAAUCCUUGGAACUGCAGCUGCAAAAUGCUUGCAUUACUUAAUUGGCUAGCAUCAUCUUCCGUUUCUGCAAAAAUCCACUGUCAGCAUCCUCAGAGUAUGCGUGGUAGACCUUUGCAUUAUAUGAAAUGGGCUCGGUUUUCAAACUGCAUUGGACCCGCUGCCAGCCUAGGCUCUGCCCCAAGUCUGGGAUCUGUUGGGGUGCAUCACAGCACUACCACUCUGCUGAUGGCUUGGCAUAAAGGGAAAAGGCACAACACAUUGGAACAGUUUGUCACUGCAGAAACUAAGUAUAUUGGUUUCUGGGAGGGAACUGCAGCUACAUCUUCUACCCCCUUGCCUUAUCAGGCAUAUGCUGUUGAAGUGCCAUCACAGGCAGCUACAGUGUUAUCUACAUUACCAGUGCAAAUUCCAGCAAAAAUUAUACCUACUAAUAGAAAUGUAGAAGAAGAAUGGUUGUUUACAACAGAUCCUGCUCCUGUAUCAUUAAAAACAAGCAUGAUUUGUACACAACAGGUUGAAAAGCUGAAUCAAGCUUUUGAUAUUUUACUAGCCUUUUUCAUUCUGGCUUGUGCUGUUAUCCUGUUCUUAACCUGCAAAAUUAUUCAGUUUAGGCAAAAACUAAAGGUGCUGGAAAACUCAGGGGAAAAGAGUAUAGAAUAUUAUGGCUUUUAUCAGCCUGGCAGAUACAACAUAACUGACUCAGUGCAGUCUCUAACUCGGAAAUCAGUGGAACAUUCAGAACUGGACCAAAUAAGGCUGCUCAAGCGAACAGUAUCAGAAAGUCAGGCACAGGUCAUCUUGUUCGAACAUUCAUCAUUGUAAUUUAUCUCAAUUUAUUUGGUGUUAACUGUGAUAUGAAAGGUCAAGAAAUCAAGAACUCAAUUCUGUAAAAAUACUUCCACGAAUUAAAAUCAGCUGCUUAAUAGAACUGUGCCAAAUGGCACAAUUUGGUUUCUGCAUCAGCAUUUGCUUACUGAAUGUUUUGAAGUUUGAUUAUUUCAUUAUAUGUCAUUUCAGUCUAACAUGGAUAAGUUUAUUAACCUCAGACCUCAGUAAUCAUUCACCUAUGCUCAAGUAUACAUGCAGUAUAAAGUACACUUUAAUUUAUUUUGCUGUACUUAAUGAUGUAAGUUCCUAUGGAAAUUCCAUAGCUAUUGUGCAGCUAGCAAAACAUAGUAGGAUCACAAAGCCAAGAAAUCUUGGAGAAUCAGAAAAGAGUGUUUCAUGUAUUUAUUGUAAUAGAGUUUCUACUCUUCCUCUGUUAAAUAAAGCACAGGGAAAAAAGCACAUUUACAGUUAGGAUGUUCAAACUCUCGAAUAAGAGAAAAAUUUCAAACUAUACAAAUUCUCUUCAUAUCUGUAGCAUAUUGUAAUAUACAAAGUUGUGUGUUCAGUCUGUAUAAUGAAUAUAUUAAAGUGACUUUUUUGUUAGUGUGUAUCUGUGUCAUUUUAUGAAGUACCCCAAACUGGAGCUGUUGAAAUUUACCAAAGUGUAGUGACCAAAGUUAUUAUGUCUAAAGUAAUAGAGCUGGUUAAUUAUUGUCAAUAAAAGAUCAUCACCUGUGUCA